AUGAAGUUUCUAUACUGUUCCAUCAUUUUCGCUGCAGGCAUUGCUUCUGCUGCCUCUAUUCCUUCAAAGCUUGACCAACGCGCAGCUGGUAUUCCGGGAGCCGCGCUUGCGUGUCUAGCUGAAUGCGCACCUUUGGCUGAAGCCCUCCCAGCGUAUGCUGCAUGCCUCGCAAUUUGCACUGCUGCUGGUGAAGAAGGGGCUCCUGUUAACUCGACAGCGGUCAUCUCUACAAAGCGUGCUGAUUAA